UUCGCAGCAGCGUGACUGGUCGGAAGUCAUGACGCUCAUCUCCCCGUGGUGGCUAAUUCAAAACUCUGUCCUCGCCAUGAGCUUACGCUCGCAGUGUGCACAGAUCCUUUUGCAGUUGUAUCAUAGUUGUGACCGCUUUGUAUCUCCAACUGACGAGAUGGAGGGAACACCGAUGAUCACGGCGUCUAGUAUCCGUCAAAUUAUGACAUAUCCUCUCCUCAUUGACCGUCUGCGAGUCUCUUAUUUCGAAAUAGCCAAUUUCACCAUCCUGCACACAAUACGUCAUGCGAUUGCGGCUUCGGGCUUGACGGACCAUGGGAAGUCUGCAUCGCCUACUCUUUUGCUCAUGCCGGCGUGGUGCACAAUUCCCGAGCGACCUUACCUCCUCGUAAAGAGCGUCACCGUAUUUCCAGAGAAUGGGUCUGAAGCGCCUGGGGUUGUAGAAGCCGCAGCGCGAGCAGGCGACAUUAUCUCCUGCGCAACGCUGUCGUGCGAGCCUCUAGUGCUCGGGGAGUGGCUGUCGAGAAGCACCCACCUCGACCUGGUGGGAUCCUUCACACCGUCCAUGAGAGAAUGCGACGACGCGUGCACACACAUGAGCAAGGUAGUGGUGGACACUGUGCACGCAAUUGAAGCGUCAGGGGAUAUGGUUCAACCCCUACAGCAGCAAAUCGUAGCGCGAGAGCACAUUGUGAAGAGCUUGGCGGAGGUAGUGCGGGGAAUUGCGGCCAGCCGAGCAUCGGAGCUCGACAUUACGCUCUUCAAAAGCGUCGGCUACAUCGUCGGAGACGUCACGGCCGCGUUCUUAGUCCACGAGACCACCACCUCCACCACCUCCACCACCUCCACCACCUCUAUUUCUCCUUCUACUUCCCCUUCCACUUAAGUCUUUCAUUCUUUCUAUGUUCAUGGCGCUCUCCCAACACACUAUUUGCCUCUCAUUUCUAACUCGUUAAGUUCUAUGUUGAUGACCAAGCUUGGGUAAUAAUGAAAAUGCUAACCAAAGCAUGUAAACAUGUAAAAUAAUGUUGUUUUUAUUUUGGUGAUGGAAUUUAAAUGCAAAAACUUGUUACAAAGGUGUUACAAAGAUGGAAUAUGUUAUAGGAUGAUGAAUGGAUCCUUGUUCUAUAUUAUUUUCACUUUCAAUGGGUGUAAUCUUUUGUUUUCUUCUUAUAUUGUUUUUGGAAAGUUUAGUUGUGUAAGAUUUUGAAUGAAUUGGUUUUUCUUUUUUUCUUUUUUCUUCUUCUUAAGUGGUUUAUAUUUUGGAUCUUUGAAAAAUUAAAAUGUAACACUUUGAUAUGUUGGUGAAGUAGUUUUUGAUUAGAUUUUAAAAAAAAUAUUUACAUCUAAAAUAAGAAAUUUAAUUGAUAGGAUUGGAAUUGUGUUAAAGCAAAAUUUAGGUAGUGCAAACACUUUAUUAGAAUUUAUCAUAUGAUAAUCAGUUAUAAGUUCCAAUAAAGAAUUGGAAAUACAAUAUACAAACAAGGGAAUAGAAUGCAGUUCUAAUUUUGGUAA